AUGCAGAGGAGCUUCAAGAUUCUUCAAUGCACACCGAAGUGGAAGCCUCCGAUCCUGAAUGUGCCAUUCCGCAGCCUUGCUUCCGCAACCAAUUCACCAGUGAAGAGACCUGGCGUCAUAGAUGGAUUAACGUUCGAGGAUAGCUUCAAGGCCGAAAGACCGUAUGUCUUUUCAGAUCCUGAUACAUCCCCUACAUACGCUCUUCCAGCUUUCCAUAAAUGGUUCAAAAAAGACGAAGAGAAGACGGCAUUUGCUUCCUACAUAGACUCUUUCCACCAAUUGGUCUUCCCCUAUGAGCUGAUCAAGCCCUUCUUCCAAGGAUCCGAGACCAUAUCCCGUCUCUAUGAUAGCUUGUUAAACAGCCAAGAUGCUGUUGAUCGAGAUUGGGCCGUAGCUCUUCAGUCUGCUGCUGCUUCAGAAGCCUCUCGCGAUCACCAGUUCUUUCAGCUCUAUGCACCGUUGAGGCUUCUGGUCAAAGCACUCGAGUUCAAUGAAGCCCAAAGGAUAAGAGCAGACCCGCCUGUGCAGCUUUACAUUGCCCAGUCUCUAUUAUCAGACCUCCCUAGCUCUUUACAGAGCGAUGUACCAGCUCCAGAAUUAAUUCGCAAAGUCGGGAGAGGCGAUAUAUACAGCUCUUCAAUAUGGCUAGGGACUGAGCCGACCUAUACCCCGCUGCAUCGGGAUCCGAAUCCCAACUUGUUCUGCCAGCUGUGUAGUAGCAAAGUGGUGAGGCUGCUGCCGCCCAAAGCAGGACUUGAAAUAUAUAACAACGUACAAAUGCGGCUUCGGCAAUCUGGAAACAGUCGAAUCCGAUCUACCGAGAUGAUGGAAGGAGAAGAGAGGGAGAUGCUUCACGGCGUUGUGUGGGAAGACAAGUCGGCGGCAUUGGACGUGCAAGAGGUAGACCUGUCUGCCGGCGAUGCUUUAUUCAUUCCAAAAGGCUGGUGGCAUUCUAUCAAGAGCAAGCAAUCAGAUGGACGUCUAAAUGGAUCCGUAAAUUGGUGGUUCCGCUAA